AUGAGCGACUUCGAAGUGGUCUCUUCCGAAGAUGAAGAAGCAGGCAUGAUCACCGUCGGAAGAUCUGCGGAGGUACCGCCGUAUGGGCAUCUGCGCCCGUUCUGCAAGGGAAAGCUGCUGUGGUCCCCGGAGGCAUCCCACUGGAUACUCGUCCUGCUCACCCUGGCAGGUGGCACGCUACUGUUUACGCUGCUCUGGGGAUCGCUCCGCUACACUUCCCCGAACAUCCUGCCCAACCGGUGGAUGAUGCAGUUGCCUGAUAUCAUUGUUGCGCUUCUGGCAGUGGUGUCUGCAACGCUUCUCCUGUGCACAUCACUCACAAACCCAGGUAUUCUGCCCAAAAACAACCUUCCCCCCUCUCUGGGCAGUUCCGCAGCGAAGGACUACUGCACGACUCUCCCCUACUGCAUGACGUGCCACAUCUACCGCCCCUCGCAGUCAGGCCACUGUAGGCGCUGCAACAACUGCGUUGCAUUGUUUGAUCAUCACUGCCGUCUUCUCGGGUGCUGCAUCGGUGAGCUCAAUAGGCGCUACUUUCUUCUUUUUCUUGUCAGCACCGCCGCCUGCAGCGCCUUCAUCUCUGCGUGUUUCGGGUACUUUGUCAUCGUCGUGCCGCCGAAGGGAAACUUGGUUCUGUACAUCUUAUUCACCGUCGGCCUCGUCACCACCGUGCUUCUCACUCUCGUUCUUGCUGGGUACCUGCUGCACAACCUCCGCCUAAUUCGCAUGGGGUUGUUGCAUCGUGAGUACAUGAAUGGCACCGCCCCGCGCAGCCGUGGUCGUGCUGGCUUCUUUGCGAACUUGAUACUAGUGUUUUUUCCGAGGAAGGAAUGUGGCUAA